AUGUCGUUUUUCGGCAGAGUGAAGAACCUCUUUCGGAGUCCCGCAGUUGAGGAAUCAAGGCGAGUAAUGCCAUCAAUUAUCGGGGUUAACGUAGAUCCUAAAGAGUUCUGGGAAAUGGUUGGGGACCUGGGAGAUGGUGCUUUUGGUAAAGUCGAGAAAGCCGUUUCAAAAACGGAUCCUUGCCUGUUUGCAGCAGCGAAGGGAAUUGAGAUUCGCGAAGGUGAGGAGUUGGAGGAUUUUCUCGUUGAAAUCGAGAUUUUGACGUCAUGCAAGCAUGAGAAUAUUGUGAACCUCUAUGCCUGUUACUUCUUUGAAAAAAAGCUGCACGUGAGUUGCUUAUCAUCUUGCCUACUAACUGUUUACCUUUCGUGUUAA